AUGACAACUUUAUUGGCUUCCAAGAGACUCCGCCCAACUCUUCUCCUCUAUCAUCGCCUCCUCUAAACCCCUAAACCCUUUUCUUCCCAACAACCUCAAUCUCCUCCGAUUACAAACCGAAACGACGUCGUCGACGACGCUGACGUAAUCAGAGUCCUUAUAGGCCGCAGAAACGACCCCGUUUCAGCUCUUGAGUACUGCAGCUGGGUCAGACCUCUGAACCAGAUCCGCCACGGAGGAGACCUCUUCUGGAUGCUCACCCACAUCCUCGCCACCUCUCCCCAGACCCGCGAUCGCGCCAGAAACUUACUCGUGCUGUUCAUCUCAGCAAACCCAGAACUCCCUCCAUCGGUAACUGUUAAGCAUCUGUUGGAUUCGGCUCAAAGGUUCGAUCUUGGACUCGACCCACAUGGUUUUAACUACUUGCUCAACGCUUAUACACGGAACAAGAGAAUAGACGAUGCUUUAGAGUGUUUUAGCCUCAUGGUGGAUCGAAAGGUUGUUCCUUUCGUGUGUUAUGUGAACAGUUUGUUGAGUUCUUUGGUCAAGAGUAAUGAGAUUGGUGAAGCUAAGGAGAUUUACAACGAGAUGGUUGAGAUGGGUAUUAGUGGUGAUAACGUCACGGCUCAGUUGUUGAUGAGAGGUUGUUUGAGGGAACGAAGGCCUGAGGAGGCUGUGAGGAUUUUCAGGAGGAGUAGUAGAGACGGUUUGAUGUACAGUCUCGCUGUUCAAGCUGCUUGUAAGAUUCCUGAUUUGGGGAUGGCCUUGGGUUUGUUGGGAGAGAUGAGGGAGGAGUUGGGUGUUUGCGGGUCUCAGGAAACGUAUACUAGCGUGGUUGUGGCUUUUGUGAAGGAAGGGAAGGUUGAGGAGGCGGUUCGGGUUAAGGAGGAGAUGGUUGGUUUGGGGAUACCGGUGGGAGUGAUCGCUGCGACGAGUUUGGUGACGGGUUAUUGCAAGGAGUGGGAGUUUGGUAAGGCUUUGGAUUUUUUUGAUGAGAUGGAAGGUAUGGAUAAGGUUAUCUUCUCGGUUAUGAUUGAGUGGUUGUGUAGGGAGGAUAUGAUGGUGAAAGCUGUUGAGGUCUUUAAACGGAUGAGAGCCGUGGGGAUCACUCCUUCAAACCUGAUCCAAACUUCCCAUACAUAUGACACCAUAGAACCUUGACUUACUUUCUUCGAGCAUGAUACGAACCACCACCUCCUUGAUGGUAAACAAACCUGUGACGAGAUCCACCGGUCUUCCCACUUCCUUCACCUGUGUAACCACGACUAGUAUGUAGCUUAAACUAGAUAUGUUUCAAUUUUUAAUUCAUCUAUAAAUAUUCUUCUCUGUCUUUGUAAAUUUAAAACACAUUUAGUUCAUUAUCUAAGAUGAAAAAUUAUUUUCAACCUUUGCUCAUUGGUAUCAUUAUGGUUACAUUUCUUCGGUUCUGGUCUAGAGCCGACGAGCUUCACUUACUCCAUAUUGAUUGAUGGCUUCUUCAAGAACAAGGAUGAAGAGAGUGCUUGUGAUGUCAUCAACCAAAUGAUCUCUUCGAGUUUCGAAGCUAGCGAGGUUGUGUACAACACAAUCAUCAAUGGUCUGUGGAAGGUUAGUCAGACGUAUAAAGCAAGAGAGAUGCUGCGAGGCUUGAUCAGAGAGAAGCGUUGUCCCGUUGGCUCCAUGAGUUACAACAGCAUCAUUGAUUGGUUUUUCAGAGAAGGUGAAACCGAUUCGGCCGUAGAAACUUACAAAGAGAUGAGUGAGAGCGGUGUCUUUCCCAACGUCGUAACCUUCACCAGCUUGUUCAGCGUGUUCUGCAGAAGCGACAUAAUGGAUCUUGUUCUUGAAAUGAGACAAGAGAUGGAGAGAAAGGAUGUGAAGCUCGAUGUUCCAGCCUAUGCUGCUCUAAUAGAUGGAUUCUGUAAAAAGCGAGAGAUGAGAAUCGCGGUUUCUCUCUUCUCUGAGCUCGUGGAGCAAGGAUUGGCUCCCAACGUGUCUGUCUACAACAGUUUGAUCUCAGGGUUCCGGAGUCUAGGUGACAUGGUUGCAGCCAUUGAGCUGUACAAGAAGAUGGUGAGUGAUGGAAUAAAGUGUGAUCACUUCACGUAUACAACGCUUAUAGAUGGGUUGUUAAAAGAUGGAGAUCUGAUCUCAGCCUCUGAGUUGUACUCGGAGGUUCUUGAUUCAGGUAUUGUCCCUGAUGAAGUCUUGUACGUGGUGCUUGUCAACGGGCUUAGCAAGAAGGGACAGUUUGUGAGAGCAAGCAAGAUGCUAGAGGAGUUGAAGAAAAGGGAAGAUGUGACUCCAAAUGUGCUGAUCUACACUAGUGUAAUCGCGGGACAUUAUAGAGAAGGAAUAGAUAAGGCUUUUCAACUUCAAGAAGAGAUGAUUUAGAAAGGUCUUGAAUACGAUCAUAUUAUAUUUGAUCUACUCGUGAGUGGAAAAGUUGAAAAAAAACUCAUGCUGCUUGCAGCCAAAGUUAGUAGAGAUCAGAACAAGCAGCUGAUUGGACAGGCUGUGUGGCUUGUUUGCAGAGAUCCAAAGAAUCUUGAAGAUGUUAUUAAGGCUACAGUCCAAGUUCUUCUUCCUCUGUUUUCGUUAUACUGCUUACACUCCCCCGCAAACUUGGAAGUUGUAGAAGACCAACGCCAAGUUUGUUCCGCAAACGUGUGA